UCACUUCUACAAUUCCCAUCUUCACUCUAAAUUCUCACAUAAACAACCAUUUUCAGCUUUACAAAACUAACCACAAAUCCAAGAAUUUGCAAAAAAAUGGAACCAUCAACUAGCAAUUUGAUGUUAUCAAUGAAAAUUCUACUAAUUUCCAUUGGAGCAGUUUCUUCAGCAUUAGCAAUUAAAUCAUUUGUUCCAUUGGUUUUAUAUGAAUUCCCUACUAUUUGGACAGGUUUAAUUUCAUGGCUAAAGCCUCCUUAUCUCUACGUUUUACUUAACGGUAUAAUCAUCCUCAUCGCUGCUACUUCACUAUCACACCGUCAAGAACAGCAUUCCAGCGAUCAAUCACAGCCGUUAAUUUCUCCUCAGCCACAGCAGACAGAGAUUUCGAGAUCGAAUAUGUCUGAGUACAUGCCUGAACCGGAGCAGGUAGUUGAAAAUGAUGAGUUUGUGAUUUCGAAUUCAGCUAUUAAGCCGUUGCCUGAAGUGGAAACGGAGCUACUUCAACGGCUAGCCACUGACAAACCGUUGGUUUCUUCGAGGUUUGGUCAUCGGAAACCCCUGACCAGGAGCAGUCCUGAAGGGGUACAAUCACUAAGGGUAGCAAGAGUAAAGAGGCAUGAGACAUUAGAGAGCACAUGGAAAAAGAUAACAGAGGGUCGUCACGUGCCACUCACGAGGCACAUAAACAAGUUAGACACGUGGCAGAAUCAGAACCGUGGAAAUGAAUCGCCGGUUCAACACAUAAAAAGAAGACUUGAACCGUCACCGAGUAAAGACGAGCUGAACCGGCGAGUUGAAUCGUUCAUUAAAAAGUUCAAUGAAGAAAUGAGAUUACAAAGAGAACAAUCAUUACAACAGUACAAGGAGAUGAUUAAUCGUGGGCUUUAAGUUAAUUUAGCAAUUUUAAUAGUAUUUUUUGUCAGUUAAAAAAGUGUUUUUUUUUUUUUUUGGUCACACAGGAAAUAUUUAGUGUUUUAUUGCUUUUGAGUGAAUAGAUGGGGCUUGAAUAGUUGUAUAGGAAGAAUAUAUUUUUACUGUAAAUAGGAGCUAAAGUUAUGUAUAGAAGUGUAAGAUGUUCUUUUAUUGUUUAAACUUGGGAGAAUUGAAAAAUCAAAUAGUAAUAAUAUACUAGCUAGUUAUAAUAGUAGAGAA